UGUUCCUACCAAACUUUCAACCAGUAUCUGCAAUCUUCUUCAGUUUGCUCAUUUCUUUCCUUGCUCUUCUCCAGUAAAAGUUGUUAAUGAAUUAUCUAGUGAUGAUGGUGAUGGUCUAAGUAAUAUAAGUGUCAGCAUUUUAAAGCAUCCAUAGAAAAAUAAAAUGGAUGAUACCCUGUGAUGUACUUUUGUUGUUACAGAAAUUAAGGGUUAGUAUUUCUGGAGGCAGAUACUCAGAACGUUACCUUAUCUAUGGUUGAAUAUAACUUUUCAACUGUUGAAAAGAAAGAGGACAGAUAUCGUUCAUCAGCCACGGGGAUGUUACCCAGAUGCAGCAAAGACAGUUAACUUCCAGACAACACAGUUCCCUCACUUGUUUAAAGGAAAUAAUAUUGCCCAUCAAAAGAGUCACAACAAAAGCUGAGGGACCUGUAUUUUCUUCCGGGCAUGAUUUAAAGGAACUGACGGAUGAGCAAGGUCCAGAAUAUCACACUGAAGUAUUUCAAACUUGUUCUGAGGUCAUGAUGCUGAUCCAGAAUCAUCCCGUCCCCGUGAUUGCCAUGGUGAACGGCUUGGCCACCGCCGCUGGCUGUCAGCUGGUUGCCAGCUGUGACAUUGCCGUGGCCAGUGACAAAUCCUCAUUUGCCACUCCAGGUGUGAACCUCGGGCUCUUCUGCUCCACCCCUGGGGUGGCCUUGGGGAGAGCAGUGCCAAGAAAGGUCGCCUUAGAAAUGCUUUUUACCGGGGAACCCAUAUCUGCUCAGGAGGCCUUGCUCCAUGGGAUGCUCAGUAGAGUGGUGCCGGAAGAGCAGCUGGAGGAAGAGACCAUGAGAAUCGCAAGGAAGAUCGCCUCCUUGAGCCGUCCUGUGGUGUCUUUGGGCAAGGCUGCCUUCUACAAGCAAGUGCACCAGGACCUUAGAACGGCCUACCACCUGGCCUCCCAGACCAUGGUGGACAAUGUGGCCCUGCAAGAUGGGCAGGAGGGAAUCAAGGCCUUCAUCCAGAAGAGAAAACCCGUCUGGUCACACUGAGCCGGCCUUAACAGAGGGAUGGAGGGAGUGUGACCCAGUGAGCAGCACUCAGGAUGCUCCCUGCCCCCCCACCCCCAACCACCACUGCUGCCUCAUGACAGGAACAGCAGACAGACUGCUUCUGUACAUUAGUCAUGGUCCCACUGCAUGGGGUCUGUAUUCAAAGCCAUGGUUCCUGGGAAAAGGAUGAAACCGAGAUUCAAAGGAGAUGCUAACUUAAGGGUAGUGAGCACCUAUGCUGGGUCAGCCGUGGUAAUAAGCCUGGAUUUUGAUAAACUUCAUCACAGGACCUUAAGUGUGGGACCACCCUGACAUGGGAGAAGGUGGCGAUAAAAUGAAGCAUGAAAGGAUGCCAAUCUGCUUCUGUUACCAGAAAUGUCCCGUACGGUGGAGGUAGUUCUGGUUGCCCAGACACACGAACCAUUUCCAAUCUCCAUGAGGUAGUUUCCACAUUGCACAUCUUGGUUCUAUUGAGAAAGAAUCAUGCCUAUGGCUUUGGAAUAAUCUUAUGUGACUUUAAAAUAUUAAGUAUUUAGAGAGACUGGUAUUUUAUCUUCUUAUCCAGAAUGUAAGCUGUUUGAGGAAAAAAAUAAAUGAAUUCAUUCUUUGUAUGCCUGUGCUAC